AUGAUGAAUAACAAUCCACAAAAAUUACCAAUACCACCACAACCAUGGAGUAUUGUCAGUGAUAAUAUGGGUCGAUAUUUUUAUUAUAAUCCAUUGACACAGCAACAAAGUUGGACACCACCACCAGGUUCAACUAAUCCACCAACAGCAAUACCCAUACCAAGCCCACAACCACAAGCACAACCAACAUUGGUUCCACAAUUUAAUAUACCCUUGUCAUCUUCAAUGUCAAAUAAAUCUUUACCUGAUGGGUGGGAAGAAUCUACAGAUUCGCAGGGCAGAGUUUAUUAUAUAGAUCAUAUAAAUAAAAAAACAUCAUGGAUCCAUCCAAGUUUUUCACACACAUUACAUCAACCAGUUGCUGCUAGUUCUUCAAAUGACACAUCAAAAUCAACAACAGCCACAACAUUAAAUAAUAAUUUGAGUACCUCACCACCAUCCGAUACUAGUUUUUAUCCAUCAUUUACUGAAUAUGGUUACAAUAAUAAUAGUAAUAAUACCAGUAGCAGUAACAAUACUACUAGUAAUGUAAAUAAACCACCAGUUGCAGCUUCAUCAUCAUCAAAUGAUGACUCAUACAGACCAAGAAAUUUUUCAGCCCCACAACCCGUUAAGGUACAACCAAUACCACAACAAUCUUAUAUUGCUCAAUCAAAUAAUACAAGUCCACAAUCUACAAAUACGGUUUCUAACAGUGGUUCUGGAAAAUUUUGUGACGCAUGCUCAACCAAAAGAAUUAAAAUACCACAAUUUAAUUAUAAUGAUGCAGUUAGAGUCUGUGAAUAUUGUUUUUCACAUCAAUCAUCAAAUGAAAAAACAUGUAUUUCUAGAUUAGUCCCAUAUUUAUUUGAAAACUAUAAAAAUACACAUCAACAAUAUCAAGCAUUAUUGGAAAUUUAUGAUUACGUUUUAACCUAUCAAAACUAUCCAAGUUCGAUUGAGGCAGCAAUUGUUGGUGGUCUCAAACCAUUUUUAGAAUAUGCCACUAGAGCCACACGUCAAGGAGAAAAAGGUGAAACUGUUGCACUCUGUUGUCAGAUUAUGGCAUUCACAUCAAAGUAUGAAAAAGUAUUAAAGUCAAUUGGUGACAAGGAAAAUUUAGUUGCUUUAUUUGAUUUAUUGCAUGCCACCGAAAAUCCAUCAGUUCAAAUUGAUUCAGCUAAAGUUAUCAAAGAAAUUUUAAUUAUGAUGGCCAAAAAGAAAUCUGAAGCAACAUCUGCUUCGCCAACUUCAACUUCACCACCAACUACUACCACCACAACAAACAAUACAAAUAAUACAGCAACCACAAACAAUGAACCAAUGAUACCAAAUUCUAUUUUGGCUCAAUUUAUUGGCACAUUAGACCAACCAAAUUCUAAAAACAAAGAAGAUUAUCAAAUCGAGGCAUUAAAGAUUAUGAAAAGAUUGGUUCAAGAUGAAAAUACUGCAAUUGCUAUGGCUCAAUCAGGUGCUAUUGAAGUUACCACCCCAUUAUUAUCCUCAAAUAAGCAAGGAAUUUUAAGAAGAGUAUUGAAGCUUUUAUUAACAUUUAUCGAAUAUGACCAAAAGAACAGCGAAAAAAUAUUUUCCCUUGGUGGUGCAUUAUUUUUAAGUGAACUUUUAUUAAAACAAAUUUCACCAAACUAUAAUAUUUAUAUUUUAACAAUUUUAAAUUCAAUUAGUAAAACCAAAUUUGUAAAUAAUAUUUCAGAAAUUGAAGGCUUAGUUGAUUUAUUAUUAGAGCCAUUUAAUAAUGUUAGCAGUAAAGAAUUCAAAGAAUUAUUAUUGUUAAUGAACAAUUUAUUAUUAGCAACUACAAAUACAUCAUUAAUCAAUAAAAUUUCAACCCAUCCACCAUUUAUCCAAUCAGUAGUUUCAGCUUUAAUGGUUCCAUCACUCGAGCAAAGUGCUUCUCAGUGUUUAUUAUGUUUAUCACAAGGGGAAAAGGUUAAAGAAAAAUUAAGAGAUUUGGGCGUUAUUGAUCCACUUCUUUCAAUUAUUUGCGAUAAAUCAAAAAAUCCAAUUGGCGCAUUAAAGAUUUUAACUGGAUUGGCUAAAAACAACGAGUCUAUUUGCAAUAAUAUUUUCGAGGUUGGUGGUCUUACUGUCUUAAUUGAUAUCAUUACUGCUCCAGCUCCAAAACCACCACAAAAUCUACCAAAACCAGAAACUACUCCUCCAACUGUUAAUACUGUAGGUAAAUUAAAUACAGUUCCAUAUUCUGACGUCAUUGAGGCUACCCAACCAAACUCCUCAAAUGCCACAGAUGAAACUGAUAAAAAAAUUCAAGAGUAUAAAAACACUCAAUAUCAAGCAGUCAAACUUUUGUCAAUUCUUUCUUAUUCAAAGAAUAUUAUCCGUGAAUUUGUUCAUUUCGAAGGUGGAAAUGGUGUUAAAACAUUGGUAUCAUUGAUGAACCCAACUUGUGACGAUCAAAUUAAAGAGGUUGCCUCAGAAUCGCUUUGUAAUCUUUGUGAGGAUGAAACUUGUGCUAUUUUAGUAAUUAGUGAAGGUGGUCUUACUUAUGCCCAAGCUCUUCUUUCAUCAAAUCAAACUCUUAUUAAAGCAAAUACCCUUAAAUUAAUUCAAAAGUUAGCUACUCAUUCACCAGAUAUCAAAAUUGCAAUUUCAGAGGGUACAUCAAUCCAAAAGAUCGUCGAAAUGCUUUCCAACUCUAAUCCAGAAUUAAAGAAAUGUGCAAUCUUUUCAUUGGCAGAGCUUUGCAGAGAAAAUGCCUCAAAUCGUGACUUGGCUUAUAAAUGUGGUUGUCUCCCACACUUGAUAAAUUCAUUCAAUACCUACACAAGCGACACCAAAACACUCGUAUGCAUUCUCGAAGUAUUGGCUGGUUUCUCUCAACAAAGUGACCAAUAUAGAGCAAUUCUCUUGGGUACCGAUAUUGUCCAAUCAAUUAUUGAAUAUCUUUUUUCUAGUAUUCCAUCACAAACUCCAACACAAAAUGAUUCAAAUAACAGUAGCUUUAUUAUCCAAUCACAAGUUUAUUCAGUAUUAAUCCUUUCAAAUCUUAUUAAAGAAAACGCAAAUGAUCUUAUUCGUAAAGUUAUUGAUUCUGGUAUCAUUCUUUCAUUAAUUCCAAUGUUGGCCAUUAAAAACUCUUAUCUUCAAGAAUAUACUCUCAAUACCUUAAAGAUUAUUUCAAAAUCUACAACCCCCGAAAUUAGAGAAACCAUGAUUUUCUCUGGUAUUCUUAACAGUCUCUCAGAUUUAUUAUUCUCAAAGAAUGAAUCAAUUCUCACCAACUCAUUAUAUAUUUUAGUUCAACUUUCACAAAGUCAAGAUUGUGGUGGUUAUCUCUUAUCAACUAAUGCUGUUACUCAAAUAUCCGAGCUUGUUAUAUCUCCAUCUACACCAGAGCCAGUAAAAAAAUUAGCUAUUCAAUUAAUUUCAACACUCUUUGAAACUAGUUCAAACAAUUCAAGUAUUUGGGAAACAUUUACAUCCAAAGCUGGUAUUCCAGGGCUUGUUUCCUUACUUUCAUCCAAUAACUAUUCAUUAGCUAUCAGUGCUGCUGGUGCUCUUUCCCAAAUUGUAGUCGAUGGUCCAGGUAGAGCCAGAGUUGUAGAAAAUGGUGGCCUUCCAUUACUUUUAAAAGCAAUGUCAUCAGAAAAUAUCGAUGUUGCAUGUGCUUCAUUGGUUACCGUUCUUGGUCUUUCAUUAGAGGACGAACUCUGUGAAAUAAUUGUAAACUUAGGGGGUCUUAAAACAUUAGAAGAGAUGAUACUUUCAGAAAGCUAUAUGAACAAUAAAAUUUCAAUUGAUACCAAACUCUAUGCUUGCGAAACAGUAUUUAAUCUUGCCUCUAAUGCUCAAUGUAGAGCUCGCAUUUGUGAAGAUAAUCAAAUAAUUUCUCAAAUUAUCUCUUGUAUGUUACUUUCAAAUAAUGACAAUUACCAAGCAGUUGCCUGUAAAACAUUGGCUCUUAUUACUGAUGCAAAUACCGCUAAAUUUAUAUGUGAACAAGGUGCUAUCUUUUGUUUGGUUCCAUUAUUAUCUAAUAAUAGUGAUAUUAAUACUAAAAUUUCAUCAUCAAUCACCCUUACAAACUUGGCUAAGCUCUACCAUCCAUCAAGAUCUGAUAUUUUAGAUGCCGUUAAUGUAAAAAAUGAAGAUUCAGUUUCAAUUAUUUCAGUUUUAGGUCAACCAUUAGCUAAAAAUAGUGGUGGUGAUGCAAAUUCAGUUUUAAUUACAUCAGAUAUAAGAUUAAAACUUCAAAUUUUAGAGUUAUUAGAAUUAUUAUCAGACGAUCCAACAUUCCCAGAAAUGGUAGAAAAGAGUAAGGGUAUCUCAACCAUUGUUUCCUUAUUAACCAAUGUUAUCGAAAGUGAAAAGCCACCAACUCAAGAAGAAAUAACAUGUUAUACAACUUUACUUUUCAAAACACUUUCAAUUAUUACCUAUCUCACUCAUAAUGCCUCAGUAAGAUCAGCCUUAUUAAAGAAUGAUUUCUUGAAACAAUUGGGUAGUUUAAUGACACCACCACCUGAAACAUUAAUUUCUCUUGAUGAUAGUUUAUCAAGUGUUUCAAUUUUAGAUAUUCAAGAAAAACCAUCAGCCACUGCCACCGACAAACCAAAUAUUAUUUCAUAUAUAGGUUCUAAUGAAGAAAAGGAAGAGCUUAAUAAAUUAUCACUCAGUUUAAUUUAUACAUUAGCAUUAUCAGAAGAAGGUAAACAUGCCAUUAGAAACUCUAAACUUGUUAAUACCGUUGCAAGAUUUAUAGACUCUAAAAAUCAAGAUCAAAUCUGUUUUGCUUUACGUACAAUCUCUUUAUUAGCCUUAUCAUCAUUAAAUAGAUUAGAAAUUUAUAACAAUGGGGGUUUAGAAAAAGUAUUAAAUCAAUUCAACAAAUCAGAUAAUCCAAAUAUUUUAUUAAAUAGUUUAUCAGCCAUCUAUAAUUUAAUAUUUUUAGAACAAAGUCUUGCCUGUUUUAUCCAAAAAGAUAGUCUCAAAAAUUUAGUUAACUGUAUAUUAUAUCCAAACGAAACCAUUCAACACCAAGCUCUCCUCACCAUCAACAGACAUUUUAAUAAUUCAAAAUACAUUGAUGAGUUAGUCGAAAAAUAUGAUAUCGUUGGUCACCUUGUAAAUAUUUUAAAUAAUGCAUCAAGCGAAAGUUUAAUUCUUUAUGUCCUCAAAACUUUAAAUGAUUUCAUUCCAUUUGAUAGCGCCAGAAUUUCAAUUACUACCAAAAUACCCGUUCAAAUAUUAAAAACUUUACAAAAUGUUAAUAAUCCAACUUUAAGAGAAUUAGCAAGUUCAAUUUUAGAAUUAUUUAGUGGUUUAUCUAAUAUCACACAAACCAAUUAA